AUGUCUAUCAUGAGCCUUCUCAAGAACAUCAUGUAUGAUGUGGAGUGGUGGGUCUGGGUUAUCCUUACGGACUUGAUGCAAAAGAUACAUAUGUCUGCAGGGGCGUUGAGAAUACAUAAACCUCUAGGACCGUCGACUCAAUCCAAGAGUCUUCGACUAUUACUUAAGCACGUCAAAGGAGCAAAGAGCUUUGCAGAGCUUCGUACGAUACCAGAAAUUAACCAGACUUUUGAUACGAUGGAUAUGGUGCUGUUGGCAUCCAUAGAUAUUUUGCCAGCGCACGUUGCCACCAUACCAACCGCACCAGCUCCUUGGAAUAUGGUGCCGAAAAACACUGGUGGGAAGUGCCUUGCGCAUAUGGCAUCUCAAAUGCGACCUAAGGAGUUUAAACCCAUCACGGCGGCAGCGAGGACUGUGAGGGGCUUCCGCAUUAGCACCGCGAAGCGCCUGGGAAAACAAUUAUUUAGAGAUAGACUCUCUCUUCAGACCUUCACAAGCUUCUUGAUCACUCAUGGGCGAUUCUUCAAGGCUUUAUCGUAUGCUUCUUAUGACAAGGACUCCACAGUUGCCUGA